UUUAUCUAACCUAAAAAUAUGAUAGUUACACAAUAAUAUUUAUUUAUUGCUUUUAAUUAGACGCAAUGGCUCAGACUCAAUUGUUAAAUCCAAUAUAUAGGAUAUGUAAAUUAAAAACAACAUUAAAUUCGCUUAAGAAUAUAUGUAAUAAGCAAUUUGAUCGAUAUCAGAGUACAAAUGUUCCUAAGAAGAAAACCGCUAGUUCAGUAUAUCGUACUAUGAAUAUAUUUGAUAGGAAAGCAAAAAUAUUGCAAAAAGAGAGAUCAGCUCAAAGUGAAAAUUACGACCAAUCAGAGUAUAUCAAAGAGGAGGUCGGUUGGCGAACUGCUGAUAGGAUAUUCGAUAUCAAAAGAACGUUCAAAAACGCCGUUGAACUUGGAGCUGGUCGCGGCUAUGUGUCUCGUCAUUUUCUACCCGAUUGCGUAGAAAAGGUUACACUCUGUGAUUGUUCACAGACAAAUCUAGAUAAAGCGAUUGUAGGCGAAGGAGUGCAAUUUGUAAAGAUGGUUAUCGACGAAGAAAAAUUUGAUUUUCCCGCAGACAGCGUCGAUCUAUUGGUGUCGUCGUUAGCGUUACAUUGGAUCAAUGAUUUGCCCGGUUGCUUCGAUAAAGUGAUGAAUUGUUUAAAACCAGACGGAGUGUUCAUGGCUUGCGUCUUUGGUGGAGACACUCUAAUGGAACUCCGUCAAGCGCUGCAGCUGGCUGAAACGGAGCGCCUCGGUGGUGUUUAUCCUCAUAUAUCACCAUUCACACAGAUACGGGAUAUAGGGGGCCUUCUCAAUGCGGCGGGCUUCACGCUGCAGACGGUGGACGUGGACAGCCUGACGGUGUGGUACCCGUCGGCGUGGCACGUGAUGCGCGACGUGCGCGCGCAGGGCGAGGCCAACGCCGCGCACACGCGCCCGCUGCGACUCGCGCCGCGCACGCAGUUCGCCGCCGCCGCCAUCUACGACGAGAUGUACGGCAAGGAAAUUCCAGAACGCGGCUGUCGAGGUGUACCAGCUACUUUCCAGAUAAUAAACUUCGUCGGCUGGAAACCAGACCCGACACAGCCGAAGCCGAUGGAGAGAGGAACUGCAGAGCUAUCUUUGAAAGAUUUGGAUAAAAUCGACGAGAUUAUAAAAGAGACUACUAAAAUAGAAUUGACGGAGGACGAUAAAAAAUAAAUUGUAUAAAACCUUA